GCACAUCGACAUUCAACGUUGCCUCGUUGACGUUGACAACGUUCUUGUAAAAAUGUUACAUUACUUUGUUUUAGCCUCAAACCUUUUGUGUUCGGUCUUGACUGUCAAAUCUUUUGGCCAUGGCAGCAUUUCAUGUAGGGAUGAGAAGAACGAGCCGGUUGACUGGUUUAUUAUCUACAAAUUACCCAAAUACGUAAUGGAAUAUUCUGGGAAUGGCGUUGACUACAUGUACUUGGAUGGCUCCAUGAAGACGUGGGACCUGAGCCCGUUCAAAGUCAACUACAGCGAUGGAGCUGCAGCGUAUACCCUUGGACAGCUCUACCAGGGCAAGGGGUACGAGUCCAACAGCUCAGCCUAUUUACUGUACAACGAUGCUCCUCCAGACCUCCACUAUGACAUGGACCACGGCCACACCAAAGGGGUGAUGAUGUUUGAUGAAACCCAGGGGUUCUGGUUAUCUCACACCAUCCCCCACUUCCCCCCCUUCCCAGAGAAGGGCUACGGCUACCCCUCCACCGGCAUGUUCUACGGCCAGGUCCUUUUCUGUGUCACCUACGCUUACCAACAGUUUCAUCCAAUAUCUGAGCAGCUGAUGUACACCCUGCCGCACGUCUACAACUGCUCCCUGCCAGGUCCGCUCGGGGCAGACAUGACCAUUCUGGCCCAGCUCUGCUCAGGAGCCAGUCCCCAUCUGCCCAAAGACCGGACAGUGAAGAAACUGGUGUCGGCCAAAGGGGAGACCUUUCUAAGUUUUGUCAAAUCUCACCUCUUUGUUGAUGACAUUUACACGGCUUGGGUGGCUCAGCUGCUGGACACGGACCUCCUGGUGGAGAGCUGGCAGAGGCAAGGCCACGAGCUCUUCUCAAACUGCUCCCUCCGCAGACACGUCCUGAACGUCAGCGGGGUCCGGCUGCCCGGCCCUGUCCACUUCCACUCCCACUACGAUCACUCCAAGUGGUGCGUCUCCGUCGAGCCUGAGGGCGGCUGGGUGUGCCUGGGUGACCUGAACCGGGAGAGAGGGCAGGUCUGGAGGGGCGGAGGACUCAUCUGCACACAAAACACGCUCAUCUACAGCGUCUUCCGCCGAGCCGUUUACUCCUUCUACAAGUGCUGAGACAUUUUCACUUAGACAUUGGAGAACAUGGUAACCUCCUUGUGCUAUUUGUUGGCUUCCCACAGCUGCCAAACCUCUCAAUGACAUAUGCAAGUAAUCAUGCCAAGCAACUUAGCUGAUGUAAUAUAACACGUCAGGGUGCCCCACUUACAACUAAUAAACUCACAACAACAACAACAAAGGA